GGAGACCCCAGCGCUUUGCACGAGUGCGGGAGCGAGGGUGGUCCCGGGGGUGUAGUGGGGACGGGGACAGAUGGGUGCUGGAGUACAGGAGGAAGGGGAUAGAGAAGCGGGCGGAGAGGCUCUGCUGGGUAUAGCAGGGCGAGGGCUGGAGCAUUAAAGACGCCAACUGCACACAGAAAGGAGAGCGAAGUCCUUGGGAGAGGUAGUUUGGGAAAGGGACCCCAGAGGGCUGGGUGCAUGUGACAGGGAGGAGGCCCCUGAGGGUACAGAGAGAAGUGAAGGUAUCAGUAGCUUGCGUGUAGGGCUGGGGAUAGAAGGACCCUUGGGGGCAACGCAGGAGGUAGCAAGGUUCAGGGGCGGUGGAGUACACAGACGGCAGGCUGCUGAGGGUCCUACGGACGUACACACGAAAUCCAGAUGAUGGGCUAGGGAAUGAAGCUAGGAUGGGAAGACCUUGAGGUGCUGUGGGGUAGAAACAGGAUAGAGGAGCCCUGCGUGAAAAGUGGGGAACUGGGUUAGUAGGGUUUUGGAGAUGUACCUCAGAAGGAAAUGGAGAGGACACACAUGUAUCCAGAGAUGGGGAGGACUUACAAGUUGCCGCUCCAGAUGCUGCUGCUGCCCCCGCGACCACCCCAUCCUCGGUCCUCCUCUCCGGAGGCCAUGGACCCACCGCCCCCCAAGGCUCCCCCUUUCCCCAAGACGGAAGGCCCUUCCUCCACUCCUUCCUCGGCGGCGGGGCCCCGACCCCCGCGGCUGGGCCGCCACCUGCUCAUCGACGCCAACGGGGUCCCCUACACGUACACGGUGCAGCUGGAGGAGGAGCCCCGGGGCCCGCCCCAGCGCGAGGCACCACCGGGAGAGCCUGGUCCUCGAAAGGGCUACAGCUGCCCGGAGUGCGCCCGCGUCUUUGCCAGCCCCCUGCGGCUGCAGAGCCACCGCGUGUCGCACUCGGACCUCAAGCCUUUCACGUGCGGCGCCUGUGGCAAGGCCUUCAAGCGCUCCAGCCAUCUGUCCCGGCACCGCGCCACGCACCGCGCCCGCGCUGGUCCCCCGCACACCUGCCCACUCUGCCCGCGCCGCUUUCAGGAUGCCGCGGAGCUGGCGCAGCACGUGCGCCUACACUAAGCUCCGAUUGGGCCCGUGCUGCUCUACUCGGCUCUGGGCCUCCGAGUCUGACCCACACGGCGGCACUCCCAUACACACGCCCUGGCUCUGCUGAGGUUACUGCCUUACCCUGGGCCUGUCUCCCUAUCUGUCCAAAGAGAGAAACGUCAUUCGUACCUUCCUUCUUUCCCUCUCUAGCUAUCUGUGUGAUGUAGACCAAGUCGUUGCCCCUCCCUGGGCCUGCGAGCCAGUCGGAACUGGGUUCUGGCCCAGCUGUGCUGUGUGAGCUUUUGCAAGUGACUUAACCUCUCUGAGCCCUGUUUUUCUGCUCCGAAGUGGUGAACGAUUGCCCGUGUGGUAGAUUUGACAAGAGCACGGGCACGGUCUGGUCCCAUUCUGUAUCAACCCCUCUUCCACCCACUACCCUCACCCUUUACUCAAUAAACAUUCCACACUCCA